UGUCCAAGCUAAACUCUUUCUUUUUUUCCUGAAAGAUUAACUAACCUCCCCAAUAUCUGUCACAAACUCAUUCACACCCCCUUCAUAUUAAGAGAGGUUUCAUCACCCAUCAAGCAGAGAAUGACCAACAUGGCAGCCUUAAUCAGAUUAGCAAUUCUUCUAGGAGCGCUAGUCUCAGCAGCCACCCCCAUUACUUAUCCUGUAAGGAACAAAAACCAUGAACUUCUUGAUGCCAUUGCAGAGAUGCAAAGAGCCAACUACUUCACCUUUGUCACUCUAAUCAACAUGGUCUCUCUUGACCAAAGAAUCCAAACCAAUGUCACUUUCUUGAUGCCCAAUGACCGGAUGUUAUCAAGGACUUUGAUGCCACAAGGCACUGUUUUCGACUUCUUACUCCGCCAUUCAAUCCCGUCACCUCUGCUUUUUGAUUAUCUACAGCAUAUCCCUACAGGUUCUAUCAUACCUAGUUCAUUGCCUGACUACGUGCUCAAAAUCUCAAACAAUGGUAGGAGAAAUUUCACUCUGAACAAUGUGAAAAUCAUUAGCCCAAAUAUUUGUUCAGCAGGGUCUUCCAUUAGGUGCCAUGGCAUUGAUGGAGUUUUGUCACUAAAAGUGAUGCCAGAGAAUAAUAACACUUCUCCCCCCUCACCUUCUUGCUCUAACAGCUCAAGUCCUCCUGCUGCAGAGGCUAAAGCACCAGCUCCAUCUUUACCAUUGCCGGCAACACCAAUUGGUGAACUUAGUCCUACUCCAGCAACUGCCCCAACUCCAACUCAACCAAAUGCCAGGCCACACAAUUCAGGGUCUUCUCCAUGGUUGUCUCAUGGAGGAAUAUUGAAAUUCUUUGUGACCUGUGUGAUGGUGCUAAUAGUGGGGUCUAUCUAGUGUACUAUAAUUUUGAAAUCUUUGCAGUACUAACUAAAUCAGGGAUGUUGAAAGUUUGCACAUGGGCCAACUAGUUAUACAAUUUUCACUAUGAAGUCCUUGUUUUUUGACUUUUUUCUUUGGCCUGAACGAUCAAGUCAUUGUUGGAAAAGGCCAAUAUGCAGUUAUGCACUAGUCUUAUAAUAUGCAUCGGCUACUAUUUUGAAUUUAGCAAUAGCUAAACAAACACCAAUGCACUCCAAGAUUGAACUGUUUUUACCCUGGAA